AUGGCUCUACUUCCCGUUCCCCGUGAGACUAACCUUCCUGGAAAGGUCGUCCACACUCCCCACAAUGUCGAAUAUCGAAAAUCUUCCCCAGAUGAACUGGUCGAUCUCGCAAUUGAAGGCAACAUCGCGCGUAUAGCCAAGCGCUGUCUUGUUGGUGGCGACGAAUCUUUUUUCGUUGCCGAUAUAGGGCAGGUCAUUCGACAGCAUCGCCGUUGGACCCAGAAUCUACCAGGGAUACGACCGUAUUAUGCCGUCAAAUGCAAUUGCGACCCAACAUUCCUCAAAGUCCUCGCCAAUCUAGGGUCAAACUUUGACUGUGCAUCCAUAGAAGAGAUGCGCACAGUUCUCAGCCUCGGCGUGGACCCAGCCCGGAUCCUAUUCGCAAAUCCAUGCAAAGCUCCCGCGGCCAUUGCCUUUGCGCGCGAAGUUGGCGUGCUGCGCACCACAUUUGACAACAUCGAUGAACUAGAUAGUAUAAAAGCACACAUGCCCGAAGCGCAACUCUUACUUCGAGUCUAUGCAAAUGAUGAUAGCGCCUUUAUCUGCUUGGGUGAGAAAUUCGGUGCGCAGCUGGAUACAACGGAAGAAUUACUGUCACGAUCGUGGGAAUUGGGACUGAAUGUUAUUGGUGUUAGCUUCCAUGUUGGAACCGGCGCCACAAACACAGCAUCAUUUUGCAAAGCCAUCAGAGAUGCGCGGGCAGCAUUCUUGCAGGCAGAGCGUUUAGGAUUCACCCCUUAUCUUCUCGACAUUGGUGGCGGAUUCCAGGACGAUUGUUUCGAGACCCUAGCCCCAUUUCUUAGAGAUGCGAUCCAGUCAGAGUUCCCUGCGGGCAUCACAACCAUCGCAGAACCAGGUCGUUUCUUUGCCCGCAGUGUUUAUACCCUUGUGUGUCGGGUGAUUUCCCGUCGACGUCAACUUGGGAGUGCAGCUACUGCUAGUAUUCCGGAUAUGCUUUACCAAAAUGAUGGCGUUUAUGGGAAUUUCAUGAAUGUGAUCAUGGAAAAGGAAAUCAUGGUCCCUCAUUUGGUUGGUAGCAAGAAGGGCGCAGUUUCACAUAAGAUCAAGACCAUCGGAGAGAGUGAAAAGCCUGAUGGACAUCGAUAUUCGAUCUGGGGGCCCACUUGUGAUAGCACUGAUUGUGCUGUGCGGGAGGUAACUCUUGACUCUGAAGUCAAGAUUGGUGAUUGGCUCAAAUAUAAGAAUAUGGGAGCGUAUACCACCACCACUGCAACACAGUUCAAUGGGUUCAGUACUGUUUCGGAUUUCUAA